AUGGCAGAAGUGGAAGAAACCCUGAAGCGACUUCAGAACCAAAAGGGUGUGCAGGGAAUCAUCGUGGUGAACACAGAAGGAAUUCCCAUCAAAAGCACCAUGGACAAUUCCACAACUACACAGUACGCCAACCUCAUGCACAACUUCAUCUUGAAGGCACGGAACACCGUGCGUGAAACUGACCCCCAGGGUCAGUUACAAAUCCUUCGAAUUUGCUCCAAGAAAAAUGAAAUUAUGGUUGCACCAGAUAAAGACUAUUUCCUGAUUGUGAUUCAGAAUCCAACUGAGUAA